GAGAGCGCUAGCUAGAAAUCCAGCCCAACUACCGGCCCCCGCUAAACUCUCUCCUUUCUUUUCCAGCCAAGAAAAACAUCCAUGGCGUUCUACAGGCGAAGUGGUCGCCCUGACGCCUACGGGUGCAAUGAAUCAUACGAGGUUGAAGGCUACGGGUGCGGAGACCAGGGCCAGCUGGUGCGACCCUGCCCCCCCAAACCAAGCCACUCAUUUCUUGGUGCGGCGGCGCAGCAUGCCAGGGUGCUUCCUCAGGGCCGCACCGUCAAGGUCACAUGCAAGGGCAACACUGACUUCGCUUUGGGUGUGAGGGACGGCCAAGUGGUCAUGGUUUACUCUGACCCCAAUGAUCCCACCCAGCAAUGGAUCAAGGAUGACUCAUGGUGCAGAAGCGUGAGGGAUUCGGUCGGCCACCCUGCCUUCUGUCUCGUCAACAAGGCCACGGGCAAAGCACUUCGUCAUGCGCCAGGGGCAUACCAACAGGUUCUGCUGACAAAUUACGAGCCUGGGUCAUACGACGAGUCGGUGAUGUGGUCGCAAAGUGAGGACAUGGGAGAAGGGUUCAAGACCAUCAGGAUGGCUCACAACAUCCUGCUCAACCUCGACUGCUUCCAGGGUGACAUCAAGCACGGUGGCAUCAAAGAGGGGAACGAGUGUGUGCUGUGGACAUGGAACAGGCAAGACAACCAGCUCUGGAAGAUCAACCCCAUCUAUUGAUGAACUAAGAAUCACGAGCAACCGCAUCGUAGUAAUUGGAGUACCGGAUAUAUGCCUCAUACUCCACAUAUAUAUCUAUUACUAAAUAAAUAAGAAAUAAAUGUUUCAUAAA